AUGGAGGGAUCAGCGACGGAGGGAAAUCACGGAGGCGAUCCCCGCGCCGAGCAUGCCGCAACCAAGGAGUCCGAGGCGGCGGCAAUGCAACACCAUCUGACGCUGCUCCAGCCGACCGUGGUCGAAGUUUCUGCAGCCGUGCUGGAUAAGGACAAGGUGGGGGAGCACGAGUCGGUGGGGCUGGUCGGUGGCUCUCCACCUUCUGGUGGACGGGGGAGGCGCGCCAAGGAAGCUAGUGGCAAGGCGGGCGGUCAAGCAUUGCGCCAGAAGGGCCGACCCGCAGCAAGAAAAGCAUCCGGUGGAAGGAGAGGCAAGAAAGCAGCGACGGGAACAAAGUCGAAACGGGGCGAUGAAGACCCCAGUGAUGCGGAGGAGGAGGAGGAUGAGGAGGAGGAUGCGGAGGGAGAGGAGGAUGAAGAGGAACCAGAGGAGGAUGACGCGGAUGUUGGGGAGGAUGAAAAAGAUGAGAAUGAUGGCGGGGAGGACGAAGAGGGGGAGGAGGAGGAGGAGGAGGAGGAGGAGGAGGAGGAGGAGGAUGAGGAGGAGGAGGAGGAGGAGGAGGAGGCAGAGGAGGAGGAGGAGGAGGAGGAGGAGGAGGAGGAGGAGGAGGAGGAGGAGGGUGACGACGAGGAGGAGGAUGUGGAGGAGGAGGAGGAGGAGGCAGCGGAGGAGGAGGAGGAGGAGGAGGAGGAGGAGGAGGAGGAGGAGGAGGAGGAGGAGGAGGAGGAGGAGGAGGAGGAGGAUGUGGCGCCAGUGAAGGGACGGGGCGGGCGUGGCAGACGGGUGAGUGGUACAGGGAAGGAGGGGGGCCGGACUCGCCCUUCCCGAAAAUGCGGGGCAGUUGACGCUGCGCGCGGCGAAGCAUCGGGCAAACCGAAGGCGCGUAAGGUGAAGGUCGAAAGUGAAGGGGUUGGUAAAAAGCAAGGGAUCCAGGGAGCAAAAGGGGAUGGAGGAGGAAAGGGUGGCCGCGCCAAAGGGGUUCCAGUGGGUACCAGCAAGAAAGAACCUGCCGGUAAACUGGGCAGCGUCCGCCAAAGCACCCCGCGGAAAGGUGGCAACGAGAAGGCGCAGGCUGCCCCAAAACCGAAGGGACAGCAAAAAGGUGAAAGUGCGGAGCACGAGCAGUUUGUUACACGGGAGGAGUUCCAGGCGCUGCGGUCUGAGAUGUACGCCAUGUUUGCACAGCUCGGCCUGCGUCGUGGAGUACCUGCCAGCUAUGCCGGCGGGUCGGCAGCCCUGCCUAUGGCUGGUACCCCGCCGCCGAUGAGCGCCGUGGACAAGGCACGAGUGCUAGUGUUGCAGGAGACAAACCCAUUCCCGGAAGGUGUGACGUGGCACGUGGGGCUGGUUGGUGGACGUGGCGGACAAGGAGGGUGUGACGUGGCACGUGGGGCUGGUUGGUGGACGUGGCGGAUGCAGGAGGGUGUGACGUGGCGGAAGGUGAGGGUGAGGGAUGACGUGACAGAUGCAGGUGGGUGUGACGUGGCGGAAGGUGAGGGUUGGGGAUGA